AUGGCCAAUGGCCAUACAGGGAUUAAAGGGCCGUCGUGUCGGAUCGAACUUGAGCAACUCCAUCGCAAAUACGGAUCCAUUGUCCGCACCGGCCCCAAUGAAGUCUCCGUUGCAGACUGGAGACAUAUACGGACGAUGUAUUGCAACCUAAAGACGAUUUUAAAAGACCCCUCGUUCUACGACGGUGUUAAGAUGAUCGGAAAGCAUAACCUUUUCCAGAUGACGCAAAAACCCUUCCGAGCACGCAGCGCGCCGGAAACUAAAUUAGACCCUUUGAUCCAAAAGAACGCGGAUACUCUUGUACAUCGAUUGAUUUCUGAAGCUGGUUCUUCGACCUCAGGAACUGCCGAUGCAUAUAGGUUGUGUGCUUUGUUCAGCCUGGAAACAAUCUGCAAAGCCGCUUUCGCAAAGGACUUUGACGGGAUAGAUGGUAUGGGGGCCUCGUUGGAGCUCUUGCGUGCUAUGGAUGGGAGUGCUCUCGUCUUUCUCCCGCAGAGUUUGUUUCCUUUUCUUGGGUCAACUGGUCUUGGCACUAAACUACCAGGCUUCAUAGGCAAUGCCUAUCGCAGUCACCAAAUCUGGGAACAACUAUCCAGGAACAUGGUAGAUCACUUCCUGGAAAAAUCAUCCGCGGACAACAAGUACUUAUUGUCUCCCGUCGCUACCGAUAUCGAUACUUUCCUUGGUCGCCGACUAAGCCAUGAGGAGCUCAUUGAAGAGGCGAUGGGCUACAUGUUUGCUGGCAAACGAUUCCCGCAGAUGACGUUACCGCCAUGCGACAAGAUCCAUACCUGA